CUAGGGUAUCGACACGGUGUUACUGCCACCUUUGAGAAGGCCGUGUUUGCUUCCUGCACCUCGCUACCCGAAAAUACUUUGACAUUGCCUGCACGAAGUUGCUUCUAUGCAAUAACGCUUCUUGAGGACCUUCGAGUCUACACGUUGUAUUGGCAAGAUGUCAAUCCUUGGGCCGAAUGACCGUCGCCCCGAAGUGCAGCUCCAUGGCACAACAGUAUCGCAUUUGAAGACAUGGCGGACAGUGUACCAGGAUGACUACAGUGAUCCAAAGCUACCAGCGGGCGUACCCACCGUACGUUCGCAGAUGGCUGGCAUUACGGCGCACAUGGCGACCUUGUCCGGCAGCCACAGCCACGUGUACCAUUCGACUGACCGCCUGCCGCCGGGGCACCCACCGCUCUACACCUAUCGCUCAGCAGGAGAUGCACCGCUAGGAAUUUCGACCCGCGGUUCAGGCACCGUCACCUCGCUUAAGGACUCUGUCUUGUACGGCAAGGAGCAGACGUGGGCCCACUGGCGUGUGGCGGUGGAGGGAAAGCCCACAGACGGGCGGCGCAAGUACCGCGGCGAUGGCAAAUAGCUGCUUAACGCAUGUGGGUCGAGCAACUAAGCGACUGAUAUAUUUAGGGAAAGGUUACGCGGACUGCGGCCAUUCAUUACCUAGCCUAGGAGUUCGUCAGACCUGUGAGGGUUUUCGAGCUCUUGGGGUGUGCCAGGUAGUUGCCAAGCCCUUGGGGUUAUGAUUUGGUUUGCGUAAGGUUGCCUUGCAUAUUUUGCAGGGUGUGGCCGGUGUACUUUUUGUGUACAAUUCUUAUUUCUAACCGCAGUUCUGCAGGUGAGGGGUCUAUUCAUUGGUAGCAGUCCAGGCUGGGGGGUUCGCAGCAGUGAAAAGCGUGGUAGCAGAGGUAGCCCGAGAAACGUGGUACACUAUGUUUUGCAGCCGUUGUGUGGCGGCGGCAGGCACUGCGCUUGGAUGAAGAGCAAUAAGGUUGCGAUAAGCAUCUUUCUGAGGGCGUUGGCCCUGUGACAUGCGAACGUUAAUCGUGACGACCAUAAGCAGGAGCAAAUACCUGCCGUGCAUGUUGUGGUCCCCUUCACCCUUGAGAUGGGGUACUGGGUGCUGGUACGGGGCCAGCCUAUGGCUGUUCGGACUCCUGACAUCUUCAUUGCAACAGCUGUUACGUGCUAGACGGGUGGUUGGUGAGGGGCAGUGUUUGCUUAAUUCCGAUUUCUGGUUUCCGUUUCUGGUAUAUGUGGCAUUCCUUUGCCGUGAGCCUAGACCCGUAAGCCGUGCACGAUGCCCAGGUUGCAUGGAAGCGCGUCGGAUCAAAUUCCACAAGACGCAACUCUUGUUUCAGUCGCAACCUUAUACUUAAACGAAUGUUUGUAAUAUACAUUGCUAUGCUCUUACGUUCGGCUCAUGUAACUGCCUUGGUAUUCGGACCUAGAGCUGCGUUAAACGUUGCGCUUCCUUCUAGCGAAGCUUUUUGAAAUGAUAAAUUUAAGCACAUUUCUUGACCUUUACUGAUGUAGCACCUGCUUCUAUGUCGAGCACAGCCAGGCGUGACGAGGAGGCGGGGAGGGCCCUUCAUCCCUCCAGCAGGUCCCAAACACAGAGCACAAAGAAACGAGCUGUGUCAUCAAAAUAUGACGCUCAUAAGGUCAAGGUCUGGCUGGGUGAGAAGCAAGAUCACUACUACAUCCUAUCACGAUUCCUCAUUAGCCGCAGCCUUACGAUUACGAAGAUUCCUGGCACAAAGGCUGUUAAGAUCGCCCUGGAAUUGAAGAAGCACCUGGUUGACCACGACAAGCUGAAUGUCAGCCAGGCCGAGCUGGAGGAAACCCUGUUCGCGCUCAUGCGCGCCAAGGGCUACGGCCAGCCGUACAUCGACUGCUACCGUACAGUCUCGCAGUUUUACACGCUUCGUCAACCGCUGGUCAUCAUCGUGUGCGGGGCGCCAUGCACGGGCAAGUCCACCAUCGCCCAGCAGCUCGCAGCGCGCCUCAACAUGCCCAACGUGAUGCAGACGGACGUCAUUUGCGAGCUGCUGCGUCGAAGCUCCGGCAGCACUCUUCCACCUCAGCCCCCCUGGAGCCGGAACACCACCCACCUACCCGCCACUGCUGCUCCUGCCGCUGCCGGCACCGCUCUUGCACCCGCCGCUGCUGCUCCUGUCAUGCCCGCCGCCACUGCCGCCCGCGCUGCUGCUGCCAGCGGAGAGCCGGGCAGCUUUGGCGAUGGCAAGGGGACGGCCGGUGUGCGGGGGAAUGCAUGCGACGAUGGCAGCCAGAAGUCGUUGGCGCAGCAGCCGUUUGCUUCUCCAACAGCAGCAGCCUCCGAGCCGCAACCGCAGCCUGGGUCCGCCGCCUCCGCCUCCGUCGCCUCCUCCGCUGCGGCUGCAGCUGCCCCUCCAGCCCCAACAGCCAGGACGGCAGACAACACACCGGCUGGCCCUGACGCGCAUGCAGGGGGUGAGGGAGAGGGGCAGCCGCCGCCGCAGCAGCAGCAGCAGCCGCAUCCACAAAGCCAGCAACAGCCCUCGCAGCAGCAGCAAGAGGCCCCCCAGCAGCAGCAGCAGCAGUCGCAGCCGCCCUCCGACGUGAGCUCCUGGUUGCUUUCGGAGUUUCGGAGCGAGUGUCGGGUGGUGCGUCGCGCACUGCAGGGCGAUUUCAACAAGGCCCUGACGGACGGCAAGCCGCUCAUCGUGGAGGGCUCCCACCUAGACCCGGGGCAGCUGCUGGGGGAGCUGCAGGAGCUGGGUAUCGUGCUGCUGCCCAUGGAGCCGGUGCCCCUGACGCCCCUCAGCAGCCAGCAGAGCGAGCUCAAGUCACCGCUGUCUCCCUCGCAGCAGCAGCAGCUGUGGGGGCAGCAACUAGGGGGGUGGCAGUGGCAGCGCUCAGCACCCCAGCAGGUUCCUGAGCGGCAGCAGCAGCAGCAGUUGGAGGCGCCGCUGCUGCCGCCGCCGCCGCAGCAGCAGCCCGCUGCAGCGGAGACCUCGCUGCUGCAUGGGAGCAUGCUGCGAGGGACGGGAGGGGCUGCGGGGUCUGGCUUGGUUGCGGGUUCGACGACAGCAGUGGGGCCAGCGCCGCCGUCCGGGUCCUUGGACGCAGGUGCGAUACCCAGGUCGCCGCUACGUCACCCGAGGUCACCUCGCCGCUACCAGCAGCAAGCAUCGCCGACGCAGCAGCAGCAGCAGCAGCAGGCGCAGCAGCUAAGUGAAAAGCAUGUGUCUUGGGGUCACCUGGCGGCGGAAAUACUAGCGGCGAGCAGUGACCCACGGGUCCGUGUUCAUGACGAUGAACACGGGCAGGCGGAGCAAGGAGUUACGGGUGGGGAAUCCGGCGCCGAAGAUGACGUUGCUGACGGGGCAUCUGACGUCAACAACUACGGCGAUGCCGACACUGACGGAGCCGCCAGCGGCUGCACAUCGCCGUCUCGUACGACACUCUCGCCGUCGCCGCCGCCGCCGCCAUCGCCGCCGCCGCUUCCGCUGGCCUCGUCGGGGUCCAUGAGGAGAUCUCAGUCGCACCCGGUCAUGUCGCAGAUGGCGGCGGCGACCGCUGCCGCCGCCGGCGGCGACAACGACGAUGGCAGCGGCCCCGGCGACAUAGUUGACGGCGACGGCAGCGGGACGGAUGCUGCCGUACAAGGGUUUGUCGCCGCCACUGGCGGCGGCGGCGGCGGCCUGACAGAGGCGACUGCCCGUCAGCCCGCCGCUGCUGGCUGCCCCUUGUCACCUCGCCGGCGUGGAGGCCUGUCGGGAUGCUCUUCAGCUGCCGCCUCCGCCGGCGCCGCCGCUUCUGCCGGUCAAGUCUCAGCGCUAACCCCGUCCACCGUAGGGCCUCCCGCCCCACCAGCAGCGACAACGGCAACACCCGGGAUGCAAGUUAGCGCUUUCGCCGGUGGUGGUGGCGGUGGUGGGUCAUGCGGCGGUGGCGGUGGGUCAGGAGGUGGCGGCGGCGGCAGCGCUGGGGUCCGUGGCUUCGACCGCACGCGCAGCAGCCACUCGCUCCUGUUGGGCGCAACGGGGCCGGGUCCGGGGCCGGCGUCACGUGCCACACCGUCGCUUCCCACCUCCAUGUCGUUCGGGCGGAUGAGCAGCCUGGCUGCCGCGGACCUGCAUGUGGUGAAAAACAGUCUGGCCGGCAUCUUGCGGAUGGGCAGUGUGGCCCGUGGGUCGCGACCCAGUUUGUCACCCAGGCUAGGACGCGAGGACACAACAGGCAUGGGUGGCGGCAGCGGCGGACCCUCUCCCUGCAAGGCAGCCAGCGGCGGCGGCUCCGGCAGCGGCCGUUCUCCCUUCCUCGGCACCUUCAGCCUCUCCGCCGCAACGGGGCAGCCCCCCAGGCCCCUGCACCCUCGGCGGUCCUUCCAGGGGCACCGCAACGCGGCGGCGGGAGCCUCUCCCGGCACCUGGAGCGGGGGCGGUGCGGGAGGUGGUGCGGGAGGCGGAGGCGGUUGGGACGGCGACGCCGACACCGCCGCAGUGCAGCAAGCAACACAGGCCGGCGGGGCAGACGGAGAGAUGGUGCUGACGCCGCGGGCGGCGGCGUCUUACGCUGCCGCUGCAGCGACGGCGGCGGCGGAAGCCGCCGCAGCAACGUCUCCGGCCAUGGGAAGUGCGAGCAGCAGCCCCCAGCCGGCGGCAGCGCUACCGCCGCCGGCGGCUUCAACGGCUGAAGGGACUGAGUCGGCCGGGCCUGGAGCUGGUGGUGCGGUGGCGGGUGCUCCUGGCGGCGGCGGCGGCGGUGUGGGGCCUCGUGUCAGCGCCACCAGCAGCGGUGGGCUGGCGCUGCCGCCGCUGUUCGUACCCGUGGUGCUGCGGAUGAGCGCGGCAGACCACCGAUUGGCCCUAGAGGACAACACUGCCGUACAACCAGCCACCGGCGGCGGCGCCAGUGGCGGCGGGGGCGGCGGCGCUGGUGGCAGCAGCAGCGCUGGCGGAGGCGGCGGAGGCGGCGGUCCCGACGGUCAGGCCGACGGAGGCGAUCCGGGCGAGGGUCCGGGUUCCGAGGAGGUCCUCCGACGCGCGCAGUUCAUCCAGGACUACCUCUGUGGCUUUGAGGCGCAGGGCCUGCCUGUGAUUGAUGUCAAGUACGGGGCUUUCGGAGAGGCCCUGGACAUCCUGCAUGAGUACGUGCUCAUGUGCAUCCAGGCGGCCAUGGAUCAGCUGUGCAGCGAGAUGACCGGUGGGGCCGGCAGCAGCGAGGGACCGCCACCCUCCGCGGCACCCAAGACCGCGACAGGGGCCGGCGGGUCGGGCGCCUAAGCUGCUGCUGCCGCGCCUGCUGCUGCGACGUCUUUUAGUGCGCCCGCUGCCAGUCCCCCUGGCGCUGCUGUGCCGGAGAAGCGGAUGCCGGUUAGGAGGUGUCAGGAGGUUCAGCGGAGGGCGCUCCUGGAAGAGGGUGGAAGCUGCCGUACCUGCUGGACCAACAGGGGCCAUACGGGUUUCGGGGCUUGAGGGUGCCUGGAGGGUGUCAAGUUUGGGCGUCUCAGGAGAGGAGUGAGAUGAAGCAGUGUACGAUUAGUCAGGAUUGUUUAUUGGUGGCAGGUGAGGGCGCUUUGCCCCUCGUGCGCAAGAUUAGAACGCAUGGCAUGCAGGUCUGCCUGGCCUGUUCCGUGAUAUGGGUAUGGCCCCGGGGUCCACUAAAAUGAAUGUAGGAGCAGGCAGGAGCAUUGCAGAGAUGCAACGUUUUUCACCUGUACUUGGAGCCCACCCUCGCUAUGUUUCUUGUCCGGGGACUGUUAUAUGAGGGCUGCUUGUAGGAAGGAAAGCUUGUUAAGUAGGGGACAGAGACGUUUGGUUCACUCCCUAACAAACCGUGCGCCAGCUGCGUCUUUAAAGCACGCGGGAUGGUGACAUGGAUAUUUGGAGCAGUCAGGAGCCAGGAGCGAUAGACAGGCAGGCCAGGGAUUAAAGGG